AUGAGUGACGACGAGGAAGGAGAGUACGGCACUAUCACCCAUACCGACAGCGAAGUCCCCUCAGAGUGGCGACCGUCCUACCUCCUCAUCCUCUCUGGCGCCCCCGCGACGUCGUCCGAUCUCCUCCUUGCCUGGCUUCCAGAAUCCUCCCUUGGUGACUCGGCGAGUAUAUAUGUCAAGGUUGACCUUUGCGAAGGCGACUCUCCACCAAAACAGUCGUACCUCGUCCCUCCGCCACCCACCGUCACUACACACAGCGCUCCUACCAAAGAGGAUACAGAGUCCUUUUCCUUCAAAUCCGCAUCUAGCCCGUCCAAUAUUGGAAGACAAGAUUCCGCCUCGGGUCUCCAUGGAAAAGGUCUAAGCAGACCCACCGCUGGCCCUAGUUCAAUGAAUGACGCCAAGAUGGACCCGUUCAUGAAGUUUGUGAAGGAGACUGGCUGGAACAUUAUGGAGAAGUUUGCUAGGGUCACGACCUUUACCCGCAGAGCGGCACAGGAUGUCUUGGAGAACCCGAACGUGCCUCCACAGGUUAAGCGGCUUCUCCAGAACCGGGAGGUUCAAACCUUACAGGACGAAUUUGAUAGCGCCCGAUUGUACCUCGCCCGGUGGGCCAUGGGCAUCGCGGAGCAAAGCGAACGAGAUCGACGGCAGCGAAUAUGGACAGCACAAGAUGUCAUGGAGCUCGAAGAUACCGAUGUCGGUGAAUUCGAGCUUGUGGAUGGUGCUAGCAUGGUGACUCUCGAAGAACGCCGGAAGGUGGUAACCCUUAAAGAGUGGAAUAGCUUCUUCGACCCUACUACCGGGCGCCUUUCUGUCACGAUCGACGAGGUGAAAGAGAGGGUGUUUCACGGCGGACUAGACCCAGACGACGGUGUUCGCAGGGAAGCAUGGCCUUUCCUCCUUGGGAUCUACGAGUGGUACUCGACAGCCGAGGAAAGAAAGGCCCAUGUAGCCUCGCUGCGGGAUGAAUAUUACAGGCUGAAGAGCUCCUGGUGGCAGAGGCUUGAUGGACUCGGAGGUGAGAGCGAGAUAGGCGAGUGGUGGCGCGAGCAGAGAAGCAGAAUAGAAAAGGACGUUCACCGAACAGACCGCAACGUCACGCCUUUCCAGGGAGAAGACGUCCCGCACCCAGACCCCAAGUCACCUUUCGCCGACGUUGGUACAAACGUCCAUCUCGAACAGCUCAAGGAGAUGCUCCUCACCUAUAACGAGUACAAUAGAGACCUUGGCUAUGUGCAGGGAAUGUCCGACCUGUUGGCACCCAUCUACGCCGUAAUUCAGGACGACGCUAUCGCAUUCUGGGGGUUCCAGAAAUUCAUGGAACGCAUGGAACGUAACUUCUUGCGCGACCAGUCGGGUAUGCGGGCACAGCUUUUGGCCCUCGAUCAGCUUGUUCUCUUCAUGGACCCCAAACUCCAUGCCCACCUGCAGUCUACCGACAGCACAAAUUUCUUCUUCUUCUUCCGAAUGCUUCUUGUUUGGUAUAAGCGGGAGUUUAAGUGGCUUGACGUAUUGCAUCUCUGGGAGGUCCUUUGGACCGACUACCUCACCAGCAGUUUCCAUCUUUUCGUCGCCCUUGCCAUCCUAGAGAAGCACCGUGAUAUCAUCAUGACUCACCUCAAGGCUUUCGAUGAGGUGCUUAAAUACGUCAACGAGCUGUCCAACACCAUGGACUUGGAUUCCACGCUCAUUCGCGCCGAACAACUUUUCCGUCGCUUCCGCCGGCUGCUCUACCGCUUCCGGGCAAGUUCUCACGCCGCAAUCUUCCGUAGGCCCGGCUUCCCUAGGAGGGACACGGGUAAGGCCCCGGAGAUUACGCCUCCUACGGAAAGAAUUAUCACUCCCGAGUUGCGGAAAUUGCUUAGCCGGAAGGUGGAGCUCGUUCCCAAGUCGAAGAGUAACACCUGA